CCCCGCUGCUUCCCCCCCGCCGGCCGCUCGGGGGGAUAAAAACUAUUUGGAAGAUUUCCCGGCUUUGUUGAAAAAAGACCUGGACGAUAUGGUCAGGUUUUCCUCCCCGAGGCCGGGAGUGGGACAAGAAGGGGCCACUUCGGCCUCAUCUUCAUUGCAAAAUGCUGGUCCACCCGGAACGGCAACGGGUACCGCUACUACCGUACAAGUAGCACGUGAGAACAACACGACUCUACCAAUCGUACCUCGCCGCCCCGUCCCAGCUGCCCUAUCCGCCUCCGCAGUUUUCUCCUCCCUAAGUGAGAUCGGCCUCCCGCCGGGCUUGGAAAUGCUCACCCCCUGCGCACCAAACGUCACCGUUACUUGUGAAGGGGUUUCGGACACGGAUCUACUGCCCGCGAGUAAGAACGGCUUCUUCUCCGCGCUGUCGGGAAAUAGCAUCGGGUUUAUUCAGCAGAGCGAUGCUGGAGAUUCUCCUUUUGCGGAAGGUGAAGCGGUACUAGGAGCCGAACAGCCCCAGCCUCAAUCGCAAGUCCAGCAUCACAACAUCGGCACCCCUCUUGGAGGUACUAGCCAACAAUCCGGAGCUUCGUCGGCCGAAUCCUCCUCCUCGAAUGCUGUUUCCCCCGUCACAGCCAAUUCCUCUACCAAGGCCGUUGCCGAACCGAUUUUGCCACUGUCUGAUCCGAGCUCACCUGCAAACGUCGCUCCGACCGAGCAGUUGGUGGAGCAGGACAACAUGGUCUUGGUCAACACGGAAUCGACUGCUGCCGCCUCUGCCCGACCUCCUGCGCCUCCAGUUCUCCCGGAAUCAUCCCGCCCCGACGCCAGCAUGCGGGUUCCUCCCGUUCGACCACUGUAUUACCACGUGGGCAGGGAUGGGCAGCAAUUCACCAGUGUGGAUCGUUUCGCAAACGAGGCCGCGGGAGUUGUGCCACCUUCUCAGAUCAUGCCGACGACCUACACCGGCGAAGCUGCCGCGUCUGGAAUUGCGAUGUCGCAGCAGCAGCUGCUGCAACCACAGCAGCAAGAGCAGCAGCCUUUCUACCCGGUGAUCCCACCGGCGCCAGGUGCAGGUGCGUCGAACAAUUUUCUUGAGAUGAACCCAGCUUAUGCCAUGGGCUUGCUAGUAGGCGAUCCCGCGACGCCGUAUGCGGGCACAGUAGAUCCGAAUUCGUACACAGUUCACGACCCAUCCGGGCACCUGCAGUACUCGUCUCCGGACAACUACGGUGCACAGCAAGCGGCAUUGCAGCAAGAAGCUGCUUAUGCGCACCGUCAGCAACAGGUUGUGGCCGCGCAGCAACAGCGCCACAACCAGCUUUUGCAGCAAUUGCAGCACCAGGAAGUAUUUGUCCCCGGAGCGGGUCAACAUCAAAGCCAGCAGUUACCAAACCCAGAAUUCGUUCAUCAAACAAUUCAACACAUGCUGCAGCAAAACCAGCCACUCCCCCCCUACAUCUCCAGUAUGAGGGAAUUUGGCUCUGGGCAGGUUCACCACGUCAGUGAAGGGAGGGAAUUCCGGUGUGUGACGAAUUACAACAGCUAUGGGGACGCGGGUGACCGGGCUUUUCAGACUACAUCCAUAAGUCAAGACGGUUCUGGGCAGCCGGUCCGGACCACGCACUAUUUCCACACAGAUCCGAAUAGUGGGCGCUGCUUUCACUAUACCACGAACGUUCCGAUGGGGGCUGUGGUGGGAAACGGGGAAGGUUUUGGGCAUGACUUUGCGUCGAACGCAGCAGCUUUCAAUGCUGAUCCCAAUGGUCCGGUAGGAAUUGUUUCCGCUACCGUUUCUACUGGCGGCGGUGCAAAUUUCUUUGCCGGCCAACAGCCGCAAUUUAUUCCACCGGCUGCUCGCUCUUGGUCCUCUCGUGCGGGCAGGGGCGGCCGUGGAGGUGGAGGUGCUACCGGUAGUCAACUACAACACGGCCGGGGACGAAAUGCAAAUGGUAAUGGUCGCGGGCGCGGGCGGAAUGUAUUAACUGCAAGUUGGGCUGCUGCUCCUCGACCAGUUCUUUCGGAAGCGAGUGCAGCUGGUGCUGCAACGCUGGGCGCUGAUGUUUCCUCUGUGCCUCCUCCACCCGUCCGGGAUGUUAUUGCUGGACCUCCGGAGAUUCCGAUGGCAGAGCAAGCACCACCACUGGAGCUAUCUUAA